AUGAGGGAACUUGACAGUUUUAUGAAAGAGUCACAACGACUAAACGGUCCCAGUCUUAUUGGUUUCAAACAUGCUGCAAUGGAAGAUAUAAACCUUUCCGAUGGCACAAUACUUCCAAAGAGCGUUCAUAUGGUAGUACCUGUCGUGCCGAUUACUCUCGAGUCUGUAACUCUCGAUCCUGGUGUUUUUCAGGGCUUUCGCUUUGAUCACGAGAGGCAAAAGCCAGGACAAAGCAACCUUCAUUAA